AGGUUCUCUCUCUUUGUAAUUGAUAUUGCAUCUUUUUCCUUUUUUUUUAAACACCCUCUCUCCCGCCGAGUCUCUCCCUCCACCCCCCAGUCUUUUCCCUCACCGCCGUCAACUAUCGAGGUUUAGACUUGAGACAUUGUCCCUCUCAGGCUCCAUAACCCCUCUGCCAUCUUUAUUUUAUUUUAUUUUCCUUCGACGCCUUCUUUUUUUUAUCCUCUGCGAAUUAGCCGAUACCCGCCGACGUCUAUCCAGCUUGCUCGCGAUAAGAGAAGCUGCACCAUCGGGACAUCGACGUAUCGCUCUUGCUCCUGCGAAGGAGCUCUAGCAAGUCAAUAUGGUGGUGGCCACAAUCAAGUGCGUGGUUGUUGGAGAUGGUGCUGUCGGCAAGACAUGUUUGCUCAUCAGCUACACCACCAACAAGUUCCCGUCGGAAUAUGUGCCGACAGUCUUUGACAACUAUGCCGUCACGGUCAUGAUAGGAGAUGAGCCGUACACGCUUGGUUUAUUUGAUACCGCCGGACAGGAAGAUUACGAUCGUCUUCGACCCCUCUCGUAUCCCCAAACCGAUGUGUUCCUUGUCUGCUUCAGUGUCACUUCCCCCGCCUCCUUCGAGAACGUCCGGGAGAAGUGGUUCCCCGAGGUCCACCACCAUUGCCCUGGUGUCCCCUGCCUUAUCGUCGGCACUCAGACAGAUCUGCGAGAGGACCCUAGCGUCCGAGAAAAACUAUCCAAGCAAAAAAUGCAGCCUGUGCGCAAGGAAGAUGGCGAGCGUAUGGCCAAGGAACUCGGUGCGGUCAAAUACGUGGAGUGCAGUGCCUUGACCCAAUACAAGCUUAAGGACGUAUUCGACGAGGCGAUCGUCGCAGCACUGGAGCCACCCCCGCAGAGGAAGAAGCCCCAUAAGUGUUUGAUAUUCUAAUGCCGCCGCUCGACCGAAGUACCAAACAUUUCUUCCCUCUUUCGCCCUUAUUGAGCAACGUCGCCACGGAAUUCCAAGAUUGGAAGGUUUACGGACAUGUCGUUCUUGGGCAAUUUCCACAACAUAUGCAUUUUUCGUAAUAAGGGCGAUCUUUAGACAUUUGCGCUUGUGAUACCACAAGUGGAUAGGAUUCAGAAUGAAUCAAAGUUUGGUGGAAGCAACACCGCAUCGAUCAGGGAAGUAGUACCGU